AAUAUCUGUGUUUAAUGAAGCACUUUAUGAGAUUCUCUAAAAUAAGCAAAGCCUUCCAGGAAGUGCCAUCCCAGUACGUUUAUCAAAUCAAUCCAAUCAAGAACUUUGAGCCCAUAAAAUAGUUCAGAGUUAUUGAUUUGGAAGGUAAUCUUGUAGCCAAGGAAUACAAUAACAUUCCAAAGGAGAUACUCAAUCAAAUCUUUGAUUUAAUGAUAAGUAUUGAAGAGAUGGACAACCUCCUUUACAUGUCUUAAAGAUAAGGAAAGAUUUCAUUUUACAUGACAUCAUUUGGUGAGACAGCAACUACAGUUGGUACUACAGCCGCACUCCAACCCUAAGACUUUAUCUUCCCACAAUAUAGAGAACAAGGUAGUUUUAUGUGGAGAGGAUUCACAAUUGAAUAAAUUGUAAAUCAAUGCAUAGGAAACCAUUUAGAUGGCGGAAAGGGAAGAUAAAUGCCUGUUCAUUAUGGAAGCAAGGAUUUGAAUAUUGUCACUGUGUCAUCACCUUUAACUACGUAAGUGCCAUAAGCAAGUGGGGCUGGAUAUGGAUUUCGAGUUAAUGGGGAAAAUAAGAUUGCAGCCACUUGGUUUGGAGAAGGGGCAGCUUCUGAAGGAGAUUUUCAUUCAGCAAUGAAUUUUGCUUAAACUUUGAAAUGCUAAACACUAUUUUUAUGCAGAAACAAUCAUUAUGCCAUCAGUACACCUACAGAUGAUCAAUUCAGAGGGGAUACUAUUGCUGGAAAAGCACCAGCUUAUGGAAUGAGAACAUUGAAAAUUGAUGGUAAUGAUCUAUUGGCUGUUUACAAUGGAGUCAAAUAUGCAAGAGAACAAAUUAUUAAAAAUAAAGAACCAUUCUUUAUUGAAUUCAUUACUUAUAGAAUUGGAGAUCAUUCAACAUCAGAUCACUCUGUAUUGUAUAGAUCAUAAGAAGAAAUUGAUUCAUGGAAAUCAGGAAAUAAUCCCAUUAAUAGAUUAGGAUUAUUCUUGAAAAAGUAAGGACUCAGAUAAUUUAAUGAUGAUCAUGAUAAUCAGAUUAGAAAAGAUGUUAGAAAUAGAGUCAUUGCUGCAUUGAAACACGGAUCUGAAUAACAAUCACCAUCAAUUCAAGAUUUAUUCACUGAUGUUUAUGAUGAAGUAUUACCCCAUCUAUAGGAAUAAUAUACUCAAUUAAGAGAACAUUUAACUAAAUAUAAAGAUUAAUACCCAAUCAAUAAGUUCAAAGGUGGAUUAUGAUAAUUUACAUAUAGUACGCACAAUAAAUAUUGUAUAAUUAAUUGAUUAA